CUUGUUACUUUAGCCCUUUACGCGCAAUGUUAUACCACUUAAAUGUUAUACAGCACUCUGUUAAACAACACCGGGGCGUGAAGUGAUGCCGUUAUUAACAGAAUCCGAUCAUUUUCUUCUUCUUAAACUUUUUCCGAGUUUCCCUUUGAGACCCAAACUUGGGCUGGUUAAGUAUCCUGUAGAGGAAUGAAGGAAAGAAUGACGCGUAAUUAGGAACACUUUGGUGCCACAGGUCGCCAUGGACAGCUCCAUGUUCCCCACAUACUCGUGGCUGGAUUUCACGUUCACGGUGGUCGGUGUGUGUACGUACGUGUUUGAUGUUGGUUCGGAUCUCUGGCUCGCGCAGGAGUUUUUCCACAAGGGCGAUUUGUUUCGGUUCGGAUUGUGGCUCGGGUUCAUGCUCACUUCAUCCCUGAUCAUCCAGAUGUUCAGCUGGUUCUGGCUUAAAUAUGACCUGGAGCUGAAAACCUUCCAAACAACACACAAGCAUAUGAUUCUUUUCGGCAGUGAAAGACGCCUGAGACUGACGUGUUUCCUUCACGUGUUUCAGCUCGGCUUCUUGUGCAGGCAGGUGACAGCAAUCUGGCAGGGCUUCUGCGUGUGGUGGCGAGGAGAACAGGGCUCAGAGUACACCGCCUACCUGACCCAUGACCUCAGCAUGCUGCGCCUGAUCGAGACGUUCUGCGAGAGCACGCCCCAGCUCUCGUUCAUGAUCUACAUCAUGAUCGUCAACAAUCACGCCAGAAUCGUCCAGUAUGUAAGCGUGAUCGCGUCUACCAUUUCGAUAGCAUGGAUGGUGGUGGACUACCAUCGCUCGCUGCGUUUCUUCCUCCCUGAGAAGUCCAACCAGACAUGGCUGUCCUCUGUUAUCUACUUCCUGUGGAACCUGUUCCUGAUUGGCCCACGCGUGGCGUGCGUGUCUCUCUUUACCUCCGUCAUGUCCUGUUAUGUUUUUGUUCACUUCCUCUUGCUUUGGCUUGUGUUUCUGGUCUGGGCCUCUCUGCAGGGCACCAAUUUCAUGGACAGUAAAGCUGGAGAAUGGCUGUACCGAGCCACUGUAGGCAUCAUCUGGUACUUCAGCUGGUUUAAUGUGAUGGAAGGAAGAACCAGGGGCAGGAGUGCCAUCUACCACUGGUUUAUCAUGACCGACAGCGCAAUCCUAAUGGUCACAUGGUGGUGCUACAGAGAUCAGGAAGCGAGUCAGUCCUAUUCGCUUAUCCUCCUUAUCCUCAUUCCUCUUUCUUAUCUGAUAGGGCUGUUGGUUAAAAUGCUCUAUUACUGCUGCUUUCACCCCAAGCUGAGGCAGACCCAGGGCUUAAAGAAGGUUUCAGAUGUGCCUGAUGGUCUGGCGGCACUGGGUAUGGCUGUAGAGACGGACUCUUUCAGACCUGCGAUGUUAAACAGGAGGAUGGCCAGACACGCUGCUAACUUUUACAGGGACACAUGGACAUGCUAGAAGGGACCAGAGGACACCGGGGUUAUCUGAGGACGAGAGAAUGAAAUUGCACUUUCAGCAUGUACCAAAAUUAAGCUGGGUGGUUUUUCAAACAGCUUUUGAGGGUUUAGUCCAAGAUUAACCGUGUUGGAAACCUAGCACAGGCAGAAAAGAAAAAAAAAAAACUUUAAUACUAGGACAACCAUCAUGGCCAAAGGUUUACCUGCGACAAGCACCGAGGCUGAGACACUAACGUAUUCUUGCUGGAUGUGUGUGUGUACAGCAUACACACACAUCCUGAUAUCACAGCACACAGUUUUUUCUGGAACAGCAUGUUUUGACUGGUUUAUUUCUUGCCUAUUGAAUAUCCAGCAAUCAGCACAACCUUAGUCCUGUACCUGAGUACUGAGUACAGAGUCAGUAUCAGUCAGAUUUUGCCCAGAAUUCAGCACUCUUCACUUUAUUAGCUACAACCAAAGCUUCAUUUCAAACCCUUUACUACGGUUAAAAAAAGAUGUCAGACUGGAGCUCGUGUCUGGUGUCACGACAAAUGUUUACAUUUCUGUUUGAUAGAAAAUCUUGUACUAGAUUUUGCAUGAAUGUUAUGAAUUCUGUAAAAUGUUUUAUAUAUGUAUAAAAAGGUUCGAGAAUGUACACUUGAAGCUUCCGAAUGUCAGGAUUUGUAUUUAAUCUUUCUUUAAUAGUGCCUACAUGUGAACACGUCUCUGUCCUUGUUCAAAGCCAUACUCUGAUCAGUUUGUUUAUUUAUUACACAUAUUUUUUUUUGUUACACGGUUGUUACACGUUAAUGGAUGGUGUUAAUGUUCAUGAUAUUCAGUGCCGUUAGUCUUUAUAACUCUGAGGAGUUUGUGGCUUUACAGUCAGAGAAUGAAAUAAAAUGUUCAAGUAA